UUCUUCAUUCGUGAAUUUUGCAGUUAUAAUUUCGUCAUAUGCCCAAUGUCAAUAAAUGGCCAGAUUAAAAUAGUUGAAUUUUGAUAUUUGAAAUGCUUCUUUGUGUUCUGUUUGAUAGAGAUGAAGUGCUAUAAGUGUUAGGUUCAACAUUGGAUGACAUAUUUCAUAAAAAAUUGGAAAGCAGCCUAAUUGCUUAUCACCAUAUUAUUUACAUUGAAACAAUCAUAUCAUGUCUAUUGGUGUAAAGCCUAACGUGAAAUGGCAUUCUUGAAGGAGUGGAUGUUAACUCAUCUAAUAUUCUGGGUGACGACGUUUUGGCCAACAAAAUGGUAGGUGUUGAAAAUGAGAUAGUUGUGCCUACGGUUGGUAUGAAAUUUGCGGAUGAGACCGAAGUAUUCGAAUUUUACAAGAGAGAUGCUUAUCAUGUAGGAUUUCCUAUUAGAAAACGAACUACAAAGAGGGAAGAUGAUGAGAUAGUAAGGAGUAUGAGUUUUACCUGUAGUCGAGAAGGGCGACGAAAUCGUAACCAAAGUACUUCCUUGAAUCCUUUACCAACAAUCCAAACUGGGUGUAAAGCCAGAUUGAUUGUGUCCUCUGAUGCACAUGGAAUAUUUCGAAUAAACAUUGUGCAUUUAAAGCAUAACCAUAAAAUGAAUCCAUCUAAGUCUAGGUUGUACAGAUGUAAUAGGCAAGUUAGUGAACGUGUGAAAAGAAGGCUUGAGGUAAAUGACAUAGCAGGAAUACCAUUGCAUAAGAGCUUUAAUUCAACUGUAGUGGAGGCAGGUGGUUUUGAUAACAUGACAUGUGUUGAGAAAGACUGCAGAAACCUCAUCGAGAGAGUGCGAUGUUUAAGACUUUGGGAAGGGGAUGUCAUUGCAAUUCAAGCAUAUUUCUCGAAAAUGCAAACUCGUAGUCCUGGUUUUUUCUUUUGUAUGGACUUGGAUGAUGAUUGUCGAUUGAGAAAUGUGUUUUGGACAAAUAACAGAAGUCGUGAAGCGUAUAAGGAAUUUGGGGAUGUCGUUACGUUUGAUACCACAUACCUCACUAACAAGUAUGAUAUGCCUUUUGCUCCUUUCGUGGGGGUCAUUCACCAUGGGCAAUCAACUAUUCUUGGUUGUGGUUUGGUUUCAAAUGAAGAUACUAACACAUUUGUUUUGUUAUUUCGGACAUGGCUAGAAUGCAUGAAUGAUCAAGCUCCUAAUGGAAUACUUACAGAUCAAGAUCGAGCUAUGCAAAAUGCUAUUCAAAUUGUCUUCCCUAACACGAAGCAUAGAUGGUGCUUAUGGCAUAUACUAAAGAAGUUGUCGAAAAAGUUUGGCUCUCACAAAGCCAAAGGCUCAAUAUUACAUUAUACAUGCGUUAGUCUAUGACACAUUAAGUUGUGAAGAAUUUAAGAAAGGAUAGUUGAAUAUGCUUGAUCAUUUUGAAUUACGAGAUCAUGAUUGGUUGAGUGGACUCUAUAAAGAGAGAAGUCGUUGGGUACCAUGCUACCUGAACACUACAUUCUGGGUUGGUAUGUCAACCACACAAAGGAGUGAGAGCAUGAAUGCAUUUUUUGACGGCUAUGUGCAUUCGAAAACUUCUUUAAAGCUUUUUGUUGAGUAAUAUGAGCGGGCGUUGCGAAGUAAAGUGGAGAAGGAAUUUCAAGCUGAUUUUAGAUCAUUUUCACAAAUGAUUCCAUGUGCCACUAAGUACGAUAUGGAGAAACAAUUUCAAGAUGUGUGUACCUUAUCAAAAUUUAGAGAGUUCCAACAAGAAUUCACGAGGAAGGUAUACUGUGAAGUCUUAUCUACGACAGACUUUCUCGGGUAAACGAAGUACGAAGUACGUGAGGAUAUCAUUCUCAGUGAAGGAAUGAAGAAAAGAAUAUUUACAGUUCAUUUCCGUAGAGACAAUUGUGAGAUUGAUUGCAAUUGUCAUUUGUUUGAGUUUCGAGGCAUCAUUUGCAAACACUCAAUAUCGGUUUUAAUUUGGAAUGAUGUACAAUUGCUUUCGAAGAAGUAUGUCUUGCGAAGAUGGAGGUGAGAUGUUAGUAGACCAUACAUGCGGGUUCAAGCAACAUACGAUGGUUUGGUUUGUACAGUUGAACAAUUAAGGUAUGAGAGGUUGUGUCACGCUUUUACUAAGAUGGCAGAUUUGGUAGCGCGAAACGAAUAACAGUCUAAUCAUCUAUUAGGGUGGAUUGAAUUCCAAACAAACUAUUUUUUGCACGUGCCUGAAGCUCGGAAUGACGAAAGCUUACGAAAAGAAAGGGUGCCCCCCAAAAAAUUGCGCAAAAAAAGUCCGUUGGAGGCGAGUUCAAAAAAAUCAAAGGGUCGAAAAAAGGUUCCAACAAAUUCAACCCUUUUGAUUAAAUGUAGUAGAUCGGAAGAAAACGUCGCGAACACACAAAAUGAUGAUGAGGUCGAAGAUCACUGCAUCUUAUCUUCUCAAACACAUCAGUCUUUUAUACGCAAGAGAGCGUUGACGGUUUUGAACGUUUGCAAUCGGAUUCGUGAAUAUGGAAUGAGGUAGAAUGUAGUAUCGCUUUAUGGACGUAUUCUUUUUUUCCAAGAUGUAUAGCCUCUUUGUUUUAACCAUGGCCAUUUCAAAUUGGCCUAUUCUGUUGUUAUAUAACUAUUAGUAACAUGAGAUUGCAUUUUGACUUCAUCAAAAUUAUUGUUGUAACGUAAUAUCAUUCUCAUUUGAGCUGUU